AUGUUUGGAUUAACAAAUAGGCCAAUUUUCAAUAUUCACAAAAAAUACCACUUGUAUUCAACAUUUUUGCAUCAUAAUCAUCAUCAAUUCAGAUAUUCUCAACAAAGCGAAAAUGGUCAAUCUAAAUAUAAUGGCUAUUGGAAUUUACAAUUGCAACAGCCUGCACCCUCAUCAUAUUUACAAAAUCAUUCGUACGAAGAACAUCAUAAUACUGAUAUCGAUAUAGCAUCAACAGCAAUAAAUACAAAUUCACCAGAGGAAAUCCAACCGGUAAUGACAAUUGAUGGAGAAUUGAUACCUCUAAAGCCUGUUUUUCCUGAUAAUUGUUGCAUGAGCGGUUGCGCUCAUUGUGUUUUAGACAUAUAUCAGGAUGACUUAAAAGAAUGGAAAGAAAAGACUACUCAAAUAAGAGAACGAUUAUUGAAAGAGGGCAAACCAUUGCCACCAAUCCUAAUGCAAUUUAAUAAUGAUAAUACAGAAGAGGAUGAUAUUGAUCCUGGAAUGAAAGCAUUUCUGGAGUUGGAAAAAAAAUUGGCAGGAACUUCAUCUUAG